AUGAAACUAAUCAGGAACCUGGAAAUAAGAGAAGGGGGGAGGGGCGGGACAUUUUGGACAUGUCUGAUUCACCUUCACCCCCUCCUCCUCCUCUCCCACCUCCCUCCCCCCUCUCCUCCUCCUCCUCCUCCUCCUCUCCCACCCCUCCCCCCCCUCUCCUCCUCCUCCUCUCCCACCCCUCCCCCCUCUCCUCCUCCUCCUCCUCUCCCACCUCCCUCCCCCCUCUCCUCCUCCUCCUCCUCCUCCUCCUCUCCUACCCCUCCCCCUCUCCUCCUCCUCCUCUCCCACCCCUCCCCCUCUCCUCCUCCUCCUCUUCCUCCUCCUCUCCCACCUCCCUCCCCCCUCUCCUACCUCCCUCCCCCCUCUCCUCCUCUCCCACCUCCCUCCCCCCUCUCCUCCUCCUCUCCCACCUCCCUCCCCCCUCCUCCUCCUCUCCCACCUCCCUCCCCCCUCUCCUCCUCCUCCUCCUCUCCCACCUCCCUCCCCCUCUCCUCCUCCUCUCCCACCUCCCUCCCCCUCUCCUCCUCCUCCUCUCCCACCUCCCUCCCCCUCUCCUCCUCCUCUCCCACCUCCCUCCCUCCUCUCCUCCUCCUCUCCCCCCUCCCUCCCCCCUCUCCUCCUCUUCCUCUCCCACCUCCCUCCCCCUCUCCUCGUCCUCCUCUCCCACCUCCCUCCCCCUCUCCUCCUCCUCUUCCACCUCCCUCCCCCCUCUCCUCUUCUCCCACCUCCCUCCCCCUCCUCUCCCACCUCCCUCCCCCCUCUCCUCUCCCACCUCCCUCCCCCCUCUCCUCCUCCUCUCCCGCCUCCCUCCCCCCUCUCCUCCUCCUCCUCCUCCUCUCCCCGCCUCCCUCCCCCCUCUCCUCCUCCUCCUCUCCCACCCCUCCCCCCCUCUCCUCCUCCUCCUCUCCCACCCCUCCCCCCUCUCCUCCUCCUCCUCCUCUCCCACCUCCCUCCCCCCUCUCCUCCUCCUCCUCCUCCUCCUCUCCUACCCCUCCCCCCUCUCCUCCUCCUCCUCUCCCACCCCUCCCCCUCUCCUCCUCCUCCUCUUCCUCCUCCUCUCCCACCUCCCUCCCCCCUCUCCUACCUCCCUCCCCCCUCUCCUCCUCUCCCACCUCCCUCCCCCCUCUCCUCCUCCUCCUCUCCCACCUCCCUCCCCCCUCCUCCUCCUCUCCCACCUCCCUCCCCCCUCUCCUCCUCCUCCUCCUCUCCCACCUCCCUCCCCCUCUCCUCCUCCUCUCCCACCUCCCUCCCCCUCUCCUCCUCCUCUCCCACCUCCCUCCCUCCUCUCCUCCUCCUCUCCCCCCUCCCUCCCCCCUCUCCUCCUCUUCCUCUCCCACCUCCCUCCCCCUCUCCUCGUCCUCCUCUCCCACCUCCCUCCCCCCUCUCCUCCUCCUCUUCCACCUCCCUCCCCCCUCUCCUCUUCUCCCACCUCCCUCCCCCUCCUCUCCCACCUCCCUCCCCCCUCUCCUCUCCCACCUCCCUCCCCCCUCUCCUCCUCCUCUCCCACCUCCCUCCCCCCUCUCCUCCUCCUCCUCCUCUCCCGCCUCCCUCCCCUCCUUCCGUUUGUCGCUUCGUUCACAAACAGACGAGUUCAGCGUGUUUUAAAGUGAUGCGGUCCGACCGACACUCCAGCGAAAAUACAAUGAAAUGAAAACAGAACUGAGGUGAGGAAACUCACACCACUGCAAAAAAAGAGAAAUGUCUUCAAUUCAAAUAAAUAAAUGAAUAAAUAAAUAAAACACA